AGAAAUGAGAGGGAACACACAAUGGGUCUAAACUGAGCAAUAUGAAGCAACGGAUGUUGAUUCUGGCCAUUUGGCCUUUGUUUUCCUCGCUCCAGCUGCUGCAGCAAGUUGGUUCAAACCGGUGUAACAACAAGAAUUAUGUGAUCAAUGUGAUGCUCAUGAAUUACUCAGACUUCCCAUCAAGUCCUGAAAGUUUGAAAUGUGCUGUGAAUGGAGCCUUGAAAUGGGUACAAAAUGAAUUCCAGACAACAGGAGAAAAUGUUACAGUUGAUGCCAUCUUCCAUACCUUUGCCUCAUCACUCUAUGUCUCACAAGGCUGUCGCACUAGCACCUGUGAAGGUGUGGAGCUCAUCAAGACAAUUUAUGAUUCUGGCACACUUGGCUGUGCUGUAAUAGGACCCGCUUGCACUUAUGCCACCUACCAAAUGGUCUCACUUGACACAGUACUGAGCCUGCCUCUGGUCUCUGUAGGGAGUUUUGGACUGUCCUGUGACUACAAAGAAAACCUAACCCGCCUUCUGACUCCAGCCAGGAAAGUGAACGGAUUCUUCUAUCAUUUUUGGAAAGAUUCUCAGCUGCCAUUCAAAACCACGACCUGGGAAUCUGUCUACAUUUACAAGAGGACUGAAACCUCAGAGGCAUGCUUCUGGUACAUGAAUGCUUUAGAUGCUGGAAUCACAGAGUUCUCCGAAAAACUGAAGUUCAAGGAUAUUUUAAGGACUCCAGAGCAGCUGAAAAGAGCUGUGAAAAAUCCAAACCGGAAAAGCAAUGUGAUCAUCAUGUGUGGCUCUCCAGAGGAUGUCAGGACAGACCUAGGGACGGGGAAAGUGGAUAAUGACAUUGUUAUCAUCCUGAUAGAUGUCUUCAAUAGCACGUACUUCAGGAAGAACAGCUCAGCUGACUACAUGCAGAAUGUACUUGUCCUGACUCAGUCACCAGCUAAUUACAGCAACAAUACUGUAAUUAGAGACUACACAGAGUGUGAGGACAACACCCUGAUGGAAGAUGACUUUCUUGUUGGCUAUUCUAAUGCAGUCUUGCUGUUUGGGCAUACUCUCAAGAAAUUUAUUGUCUCCCAGAGCCCAGUGUCACCUCUCAGUUUAAUCAAUGAAUUCCGAGAUACCACUUUUGAAGGUCUACUGGGUCCUGUGACUCUAGAUGAAUUUGGAGACAUUGAUACCAAUCUGACCCUCCUGUACACAUCACCAACUGCAAAGCAUUUCAAACCUCUUCUGUAUUUCAACACUCACAACAACGAGACAUACACGGCGAUUAACAGUCCGGAUUUUAUCUGGAAGAACCACAAGCUGCCCAGUGAUACUCCAGGCACUGGCCCCCACGUCUUGACUAUUGCUGUAUUUACACUCACAGGAAUUGUGAUUUUGGUUCUGAUCAUCUCUUUGGUGAUUCUAAGGAAGUACAGGAGAGACAAUGAACGCCGGUGGAAGAAAUGGUCCCAUAUACCACCUGAGGAAAUCUUGCCUCUGGAGACCAGUGAGACAAGUCAUGUUAGUCUGAAGAUCGACGAAGAUAAGAGACGUGACACCACCCAGAGACUGCGCCAGGGCAAAUAUGACAAGAAGGUGGUAAUCCUAAAGGAUCUCAAAAACAGUGAUGGUAAUUUCUCAGAGAAGCAAAAAAUGGAACUGAACAAGCUCCUACAGGUUGAUUAUUACAAUUUGACCAAGUUCUAUGGCACUGUGAAGAUAGACACCAUGAUCUUUGGGGUGAUUGAGUACUGCGAAAGAGGUUCUCUGCGGGAUGUUUUAAAUGAUAAAAUCUCCUAUCCUGAUGUCACGUUCAUGGACUGGGAAUUUAAAAUCUCCGUCAUGUAUGAUAUUGCCAAGGGGAUGUCUUACCUGCACUCAAGCAAAACUGAAGUCCAUGGUCGACUCAAAUCCACAAACUGUGUAGUAGACAAUCGCAUGGUAGUGAAGAUCACUGAUUUUGGCUGCAAUUCAAUUCUGCCUCCAAGGAAAGACUUGUGGACAGCUCCUGAGCAUCUCCGUCAUGCUGAUGUAUCUCAGAAGGGUGAUGUAUACAGCUAUGGGAUCAUUGCCCAAGAAAUCAUCCUACGCAGAGAGACGUUCUACACCGGACACUGCCGGGACAACAGAGAGAAACUUUACAGAGUGGAGAGCGGCAAAGGAGUGAAGCCUUUCCGACCAGAUCUGACCUUGGAAACAGUGGGAGAAAGACAGGUGGAAUUGUAUACACUAGUGAAGAGCUGCUGGGAGGAAGAUCCAGAGAAAAGGCCUGACUUUAAGAAAAUUGAGAGCACUCUGGCUAAAAUAUUCAGUAACUUCCAUGGCCAAACCAAUGAAAGCUACAUGGAUACCCUGAUUCGGCGUCUACAGCUGUACUCCCGGAACUUGGAGCACCUGGUGGAGGAAAGGACAGAGCUAUACAAAGCAGAGCGAGACAGAGCAGACAGGCUUAACUUCAUGUUACUUCCAAGGCCAGUAGUAAAGUCUUUGAAGGAGACUGGCCUGGUAGAACCAGAGUUCUUUGAAGAAGUCACUAUCUACUUCAGUGACAUCGUUGGCUUCACCACACUCUGCAAAUAUAGCACCCCUAUGGAGGUGGUAGAUAUGCUGAAUGAUAUCUACAAGAACUUUGACCACAUUCUUGACCAUCAUGAUGUUUACAAGGUGGAGACCAUUGGUGAUGCCUACAUGGUGGCGAGUGGUUUACCAAAGAGGAAUGGCAACCGGCAUGCAGUAGACAUCUCCAUGAUGGCUCUGGAUAUCCUCAGCUUCAUGGGAUCUUUUGAACUGAGACAUCUGCCGGGUCUGCCUGUGUGGAUUCGCAUUGGAAUUCACUCUGGUCCAUGUGCGGCUGGUGUGGUUGGAAUAAAAAUGCCUCGUUACUGUUUGUUUGGAGAUACAGUAAACACAGCUUCGCGGAUGGAAUCCACAGGCUUGCCUUUAAGGAUUCAUGUAAGUGGUUCCACUAUUAACAUCCUGAAAAGAACAGACUGCCAAUUCCAGUAUGAAGUGAGAGGAGAAACGUACUUGAAGGGCAGAGGAACAGAGAUUACCUACUGGUUGACGGGUACUGAGGACAAGAAAUACAAUCUUCCAACACCUCCUUCUGUGGAGAAUCAGCAGCGGUUACAAGAUGACUUAGCAGAGAUGAUAACCAAUAGUCUUCAGAAAAGGGAAAAUGAAGGAUCCAAGGUGCAUGAGCUUUCACGGGUAGCUAGCUACCGAUCAGGUACCCUAGAAUACCUGCAAUUGGUCAGCACAGAGAAUUUUACCACAUAUGUUUAAAACUGGAUGUCUAGUAUGACUCAAGAAGCUGCAGCAACUCUCUGGAGAACUUCAUGUGAAGGCUGGAGGCUUACACUUUCAGCUGGAGGAGAAAGAAAAUACCUUUCUAAGCAUCCUUUCUACCGUCUGACCUGCUAUCUGUAAAUCAAACCUCUCUUCACUGUAACAUUGAAAUUGUUGGAUGACUUCAGUAGGACACAUGCAACCUGAUUUGAGGUAAAUGAAAAUAUCUGCACUUGAGUCUGGAAAAUACUGAGGUUUUUUGGUUUAGUUAGGUUUUUUUAACUGUGAUAGCCUGUUCAAUAAUCCACUUCUGAAAAUAUACACAGUAAAACCUUAAUUUGUCACAAAUUUUAAAUGUUGUAUUUAAUUUGUAACUUUUAUUUGAAGAAAGAUUUGCUGUAAUAUAUUUGAAAAUAACAUCAAAUAUAUCAUAUGUAAAACCUGGAUAUGUUGCUAUUUUGCUUCUUCUGUUGUUUUCCCUGUGUCUCACAUGUUUUGUUUAAUCAAGCUGACUUUGUUCAAGAGGCAACACUUCUGUUAUUUACAUUGGGAGAUUACUCCAGAAAUAUGGUUUCUAAAGCUUAUCUGAAUUUUCUGGGCCUGAAAAAUGAAACUUUCUUCCAAAACUACACACUUUCAUAUCUCUUUACCACUUCUGCUUC